UACUACUCUUUGCCGAUAUGGAGAUUUCUAAUGGUAGAUUGAUUUGUUUAGAUCCAGUGAUAUCGCUGCCUUGACAACGCUACGUCAUGGCUUCGAUACUCAUUACAUUUUAGGCAAACUAUUUUUGUUCUAGGCUGAUCCACACAGACAACACUCCAAUAUGAAAAUAAAUAAGUUAACUUCUGGCUGAUCUGUUGAUUGGCAUAGCUAUUAGCCAUAUACAAGGCCUUAAGUUUAACACAUUUACGUCAAAGUUAUUGACAUCAAGGCACCAUGCUUCUCGAGCACAAACUAAAAUCGCACAGGCUGAGAUAUGUAUCUAAAGAAUCGCCAUUUAAAAAAGUGAAGCGCCGUAUUCGUAUUUUUUUGCUCGGCUUGAUCCUUGCCUCCGUUUAUGGCAUAAUUGCGUUGUUUGUGCAAAAUCACGGUCUGUGGUACGGCGUUAUCAGUACAGUGGUCAUAGCUGCUCUCACCGCCUUUGGCAUGAGCCUAUCCGAGGGCAUACGGGUCAAUGUCAUGCUGAUGCUGCCGACUCUGUGUUCACAAAAUGGGAAAUCUAUCCUGCUGUUUCUCGCCUUCUCGAUGGUCGUUCAAGGCCCCAUGAGCAACGCGAUGGAGAACUUCGACCGUGCGGCAAGCAGUGUGGUGUGCGGGGCCGAGUUGGCCAUGAACCAAACUCAGGAACUGAUUGAGCGCGCAGCCACACCUCUGCUCCCUGUGUUGACAAAGGUUAAGGAGGUGACAAGGAAUGCAUAUUCCCUGGCAGGAAGAGUGAAAAACCUUAUUAUGUCUCUUACUGAGUCAGUUCAGCACAUCGCUCGAAGUCUGAGGAACGUGUUGCAUUUCCUAGCUGGAAUCGGAGACAUUUGCAACGACAAGCUUGGCACACCGUACAAGAGGUGCAACCAGCUGUUUGAUGAAGCUAACGAUGACUGCAGAGAGCAGCUGUCUGUGUUCUCCUUCCUCUGCUACAUCGUGGAUGGAUUCAGGCCUCUUUGUCAUAUUGCUAAAGUUGGUCAGUUCUUCUGCAUCAUCCCUUCAUAUAUUGCAGAUCACAUAAAAACAAAGAUUGCUGACGCAACUGUGGAGGCAUUUGAGAAACUGAGAAAGCAAUUUGAAUUCAACAUAUCGGCCUCUAUGCACUUUGACAUGCAACUCAACAGCAGCCAAACACUGCAGGAGAUGUCACAGAGAAUCAUGGAGGAAAUCUCAGAGGAGAUAGGCCUCUUCCAAAAGCUCUCAGGCCUGCUGUCCUACGCGAGCCUCUUCCUUCUUGUGUACAUUUACAUCCAGGCGGCCAUGUACAAAAACAGCUACCUGAAGCGUGACGACUUCGACAACAACUAUGUCACAGAACGGUUUGUCCAGCUGGACCAGCGACGCUUGUGCGAGGGCAGGCCCACUGUGCUGCCCCUAAGCCAGAGAGAGGCUCUCACUUACAUCCAGCCACUGUCUCUGUAUCUAACUGGCAGAGAGAGAAGAGCCUUGAUCACGAGCACCUUAUCCGUCCUGCGGCACAUCACAGUGGGCUCUGCCAUCAUGGCUCUGGACCUCAUGGUGUUCUGGGUGUUCGACACAGUCCAUCACCUUACCAUGGGAGAGAUAGUUGCCAAAGCCCCUAUAAUGGUUGCAGUUGAAGUGAAUGGCUCAGGCUACACAUCAGACAUCUUGAAGGAUAUUGUGGCUUCCUUUGACAUUCUGCAGAGAGGCAAUGUCACCAUACUGAGCAAAAAGUGCCUUGUCGAGCCCAGAGAGCCUGACUAUACAGGAUAUGUCUUUAUUGGAUCUUUUUAUGGCCUCGCCCUUUUCACAGUUAUUGCCGGCAGCUAUGUCAAACGUUUACGAAGGCUUAUUUGUGCCAGCUACCACCCCAAAAGGGAAAAGGAGAGGAUCCACGCUUUGCAUCAGCUAAUCCUUACCCAACGAUUGUCCCUCCAGAAAAACUUGCUGAGGUUUGUGGCCAAAAGCAAGGGGGAUGGACAGUCUGGUACUUUCCUGAGAGCACUGGCAUUGAUUCUCCCAGGUAUAUCAAGGGUGGCCCGAUACCUGGGGGCCUUUGACCAGUCCUGCAUGGCUUGUGGGAAUGUCUUGGAGAGCGAGGAUGAUCCUAACGCCCACACCUGUUCUACCUCACAGUGCAAAGGCUUUUACUGCCUCCAGUGCUUUAAGAAUAUGGACAACAUCUGUGCUUUGUGCAUGGGGCCCCUGACAUUCCAGGAAGACAGUGAGGAAGAGCUAGACUCCAGUGAUGAUCAGCAGGUCAGCCUCUGGACCAGUGCUCUCAUGUCUCCCCACAUCACUCAGAGCAGGGACCGGAGGAGGCUGAUGAAGAGGCGCAUUUCCGUGGCAACAAGACGACGGUCAACUGAACAGCACAAGAGUAAAGGGCUGGAGGACACAGCUGACAACAGUGACAGCAGUCCUGUCAUCAGUGAUCAUUAUUCUGAUUCUGAUACCAGUGAGCCAGACAUGUUAUAUCAGUACCCAGAAUCCAUCAAACUGAAUACCAAGUCUUUCCUCGACAUGUUAUCUGUAAAAACCCUGGAAAUUCAGAGAGACGGCGAUGGUCUUCCUCCUAACACACAGUCCAUGAAUAGAAGUCUUUCUAAAGAAAUGGUCCUGGACACUGUUGUAGUACAAAGCUCUUCUUCUUUACAGAAGCACUUAUAAGCUUGGUUAAGUGUAUCAAGAAAGUGACCUUCCCUCUAAAGCACCAGUCAGCAUCAAAUCCAGGAGGAAGUAUUUGUUUGUUUGCAAAUAAAGCCUAUUUUUUAACGC